CGCGCGUUCGCCACCAUCACACCCUGUCGCCUUUGCUUGUCCAGAUAUUCCGUGUCGCGUAGCCUGCAGCUGCACUGCCGUCCGACUUUGACCUGCGACAUCCCUCGACGCAUCGACCAGGAGCUCCGGCGCAGGCAUGCACAAUGGCAGACGCACUGCCUGACAUGGCGCCCGCCCAGCCCCAGGCCCACCCCGACGCUCAAGCUACCGUCACAGAUUUCCUCGAUUACACCGAGUUCUACCCUUCCGACUUGGCCCGCUCCCUGACCCUGAUCAAGAAGCUCGACGCCAAGUACCUGGAGGCCACCGCCAAGGUCCACCAACUCACAGCUCUCUACGGCACCCUUCCUUCUCUUGCUCCCGCCGAGCGCCCCGACCCCGAAGACUUGCGCAAGCAAAUCUCCAUUGCUCUCGAUGAAGCCAGCCGUGCUCGAGAGUCCUCCUCCGCCGAGGCCGUGCGCCUGUACGAGAACACGGAGCGACACAACAACAGACUCAUCACCAUACGGAAGAAGCUUCAAGCCCUGCCGGAGCCGCCGUCUCGCGACCCCACGCCAGUUCCCGUCUCGCCGCAGACUACUAGGGCGCGUAAGGAGGCGGAGCGAACUCCGCGGAUAAUGUUGCACGUUCCCGACACACCACGUCCUCGCACCACGUCCACGGCGCGUGUGCAGAAACAUCGCGAGCGGAAGCGCAGGGCCAUGGCUGCCAUCGUGCCCGGCCAGGUCAUGCCUGCAGGGAGUGGCUUGUCUCCAGCACCAAGCGGUUCUGACUUUGAUAUGCCAGCUUCUCCCACGCUCUCAGACUUUGGCGACGACCUCGAGGGCGAAGCGCCUGGCAGGGUCAAGAUCCCCAAGGACAAGAAGCUGCUCAAGCCCAAGGCGCAAAAGGCGCCACGUGGUCCCCGACCACCUGGGGUUAUGGGCACGAAUGUUCACAGUCAGGUCGCAGGAAUUUCGACAAGCAACGCCCUCGCACAACUCACCCCUCCACCGCCAGACGCUAAGCCUGGAAGCAAGUGGGCACCAUGGCACAAACUGACGGAAUACGAGAUGGCGGUGCUGCGCAAGUCGAUGAAGAAGAAUGCAAUCUGGCAGCCGAGCGACACCAUGAUUCGUCGCGAGCUGUCCGCCAAGGGACGCGGAUGGGAGAACUACAAAAAGGCACGCGAAGAGGCUGACGCCAACGGAGAGCCGCUUCUCGACGAAGCGCCCAUGGACCCAAACAAGGAAGUGCUGGAUCCGGGUGAGACCAGCUUUAAGCCGCUGGGCAAGGAAGAGCAGAACUUGAUAAACAGAGGAAUGAAGCUGAACGAGAUGAAGAAGUUGAAGCGGGAGGCAACACUCCGGGAGCAGGCGGCCCGCGACGCCCAAGAGGUCGAAGACGCCACUCGGAGAAUGGCUGAAGCAGGUGCGCAGAUCAAAAGUCUUUUCGAUGGCCCACCAAUCACGCCUUUCGCAGUCGACAAGAAGAAGGACGCAGUCCCCAGGUCGGCGAGGAAGCGCAAGCGCGAAUCCGUGUCCGAAGCCACCCAGACGAGUGAGAGCAGGCCAUCCGAGACGCCGGCGCCGGCGCCGGAAGAAGUCCCCAGAUCGACUGGCCCAAAGAAGCUCAAGCUCAACCCGCCCGCAUCGCCACCGAAUGACGUCGAGGCUGCAGAGGAGGCACCACUUGAAGAACCCGACGACGAAGAAAUGCUUGAUGCGCCUGAUGCGCCCGCUGCGCCCGAUGUGCCCGACCCCCCCGAUGCAGCCAACGAAGGCAACACUUCUCAAGUUCCGCUCGCGCCCGAAGGUCCCGUUUCCUCGAAUGCGCCCAGCGCCGCCGCCUCUCGUGCGCACUCACCCGCGCCGUCGCCAAUCCAAACGCAACCUCCAGCCCAACCCCAACCUCAACCCCAACUCCCAGCUCCACCACGCCAACUGAGCCUCCCGCUCACUACUACGGCAGCAGGCACGCGUUCACGCCGCACGUCGGUUGCGCCCAACGCGAAGACAUCGACGCCGCACCCGGAGGAGCCGCGAUCGACGCCCGCGCCAUCAACGGACCCUGCCACCGUGCCGCAUGAUUCGAUAGUUCGUCCACGGUCCCAUGGCGCCGCGUCGGCAAAGGCCGCAUCGGCAGAGCCGCCGGUCAAGCGCGAUAUGCGCGAGUUGCGGGAGCUGCGGCGCGCGAGCAACUCGAGCUUGCCCUCGCCGGCGGAGCAGCAGCAUAAGGCAGUGACGUCGGCCCCGGCAGCGGGGGCUCCGCUGCGGGCGUCGGGACGGCGGGGAGGGAGACGGCCGGCGCCGGGCGUGCCGACGGCAGAUGAAGACGGGAAGAGCAAGGUCGUUGUAGGGCGGAGAAAGGCGGCACCGGGGAAGAAAAAGGCCGCGGGACGGGGUGGGAAUGGGAGCGGGAGUGGGGGUGAGGAGAAGGCUGAUGCGCUGGCGUCGACGGCGAUGCAGGAUGAGGUGGCCGAGGAUAUUGAUCCCGAUGAAGCAAGGUACUGCCUCUGUGAUGAUGUGUCGUAUGGGACCAUGGUUGCGUGCGAGAAUGAAGGGUGCCCCCGUGAGUGGUUCCACCUCGCCUGCGUCGGAAUAACGGGCAUGCCGCGCCGCCGCGCCAAGUGGUACUGUCCGGAGUGUCGGGCAGUGCUGAAGGUGGACGAGUUUGGCAACCCGCUCGAAAGCGACGAGAACUCGGCGGGUAAGGGAGGGAAGAGGAGAUGAACGGGGCGGUGUUGGGCUUUUAGAUGGGGAGAAGGGGGCGAGGAGUCUGACGUUGCAGUUGUAGGAUCUUUUUGCUACCGGCUAUCGCUCGCGGGUAUUAAUGGUUAUGGCUAUGGUUAUGGGAUUGGAUGAACGCACCCUCUCGCAGUGCGGUAAUGGCUGGGUUUUCACGGUGUAAAGGUAGAUACCAGGCGCUGGGCGCAAUAUCGAAUCGACUGCUGGC